GGGAGCGGGCAGUUCCGGGGCGCUCGCGUCUGUGCGGACCCCGGCUGGAUGCCCGCGGGAACCGGCGUAACGGCGCCGAAACGUCCCCAGGCUCAGGAGCCCCGGCGACCGGGGCAGAGCGUCCGGGGAGGAAGAGAAGAGGAGAAGGGCGGCUCGUCCCGCGUCCCCGCCGAGGGCUCGGCAGACCCACCCCGUGACCCGGGCCGGCCCCUUCGUGAAGCUGUGGCCCGCGCUGGGGGCGCCUCGAUUGUAGGCGCCGCGGCCGGCGCCGCCCCGAACGUCACCGCGCAGCCCUUGGCUCCCCAAGUCACAGGAAACACCCUGGUGGAGGUCUCAGUCCACAGAACCAGAGAUGGCAUCCGUGGAUUUCAAGACCUAUGUGGAUCAGGCCUGCAGAGCUGCCGAAGAGUUUGUCAACGUCUACUACACCACCAUGGAUAAGCGGCGGCGUUUGCUCUCCCGCCUGUACAUGGGCACAGCCACGCUGGUUUGGAAUGGAAAUGCCGUUUCAGGACAAGAAUCCUUAAGUGAGUUUUUUGAAAUGUUGCCUUCCAGUGAGUUCCAGAUUAACGUGGUAGACUGCCAGCCUGUUCAUGAUGAAGCCACACCAAGCCAGACCACAGUCCUCGUUGUGAUCUGUGGAACAGUGAAGUUUGAGGGCAACAAACAACGGGACUUCAACCAGAACUUCAUCCUGACCGCCCAGGCCUCACCCAGCAACACCGUGUGGAAGAUUGCAAGUGAUUGCUUCCGAUUCCAGGACUGGGCCAGCUCGUAGCUGCUUCAGCCCCGGCUCUGUAGAGACACUCACAUCUCGAAUCUCGGAUAUAGGGGACACACAUUCAUUUCUGUCCUUGCAGGGACACUGCGCUGCGGCUGAACUCUUUGGAGGUUGCUCGAGUUCUAGGAGCCCCUUUCCUGAGUAUACUUUUUUGUCAUAGUUUCCUUUUAAAAGUAGUAAACUUUUCUAUUUUUCUACUUGCCCAGUGGAGACCCUGAUUCUGGAAAUUCCGACAAAUAAUAUAAUAAUACAAAUGUUGCUACUU